AAAGAAAAAGAUAGAUACCCACCCACUCUUCAUUACUCAGUCUUGUGAACACAAUUUUCUGCAAAACAACAGCACUUGAAUUCAGAUGCUAAUUCAAGAAAGCCCAUCAAAAUCUUGGAUCAGUUCAACUCAUACAGAUUGGGCUUUUGAUUUUUAGGAGAAUGUGUGAAUCUUGAAUUUAGUUAAAUUGAUAAGAACAGAAAGAUUCCGAUGGAAGAUUGGUCUAAAUACUCCCAUAGUCCUGCACAUUUAGCUGUUGUAAGAAAUGAUCAUGCUGCUCUCAAGAACAUUAUCUUGACACUGCCUCGUUUAGCAAAAGCUGGAGAUGUUACAACCGAGGCUGAAUCAGUAGCUUCUGAGCUGGAUGCUGAUGCCGUGUCAGCAGUAAUUGACCGCCGUGAUGUUCCAAGGAGAGAAACCCCUUUGCAUUUAGCCGUGCGUCUUAAAGAUCCAGUUUCAGCUGAGAUUUUAAUGGCUGCUGGUGCAGAUUGGAGUCUGCAAAAUGAGAACGGAUGGAGUGCACUUCAAGAAGCAGUUUGUAAUCGAGAAGAAAAUAUAGCCAUGAUUAUUGCUAGACAUUACCAGCCACUGGCAUGGGCUAAAUGGUGCCGUAGGUUACCUAGGAUUGUAUCUUCUGCUAAUCGUAUUCGUGAUUUUUAUAUGGAAAUAACUUUUCAUUUUGAAAGCUCCGUGAUUCCGUUUAUAGGGAGAAUUGCUCCUUCUGAUACUUAUAGGAUUUGGAAACGCGGUUCUAACUUACGGGCUGAUAUGACACUUGCGGGUUUUGAUGGGUUCAAAAUCCAACGGUCAGAUCAAACUUUCUUGUUUCUUGGAGAUGGGUAUGAAGAUGGUAAAGGAUCGUUACCUCCUGGUUCUUUAAUUCUUCUUUCUCAUAAAGAAAAAGAAAUAACAAAUGCUUUGGAAGGAGCUGGAGCCCAGCCUUCUGAAUCUGAAGUGGCACAUGAAGUUGCAUUGAUGUCACAAACUAACAUGUACCGACCUGGCAUUGAUGUGACUCAAGCCGAGGUUGUUCCUCAUUUGAACUGGAGAAGGGGCGAGAGCACAGAAGUUGUGGGCCCAUGGAAAAGUAAGGUUUUUGAUAUGCUUCAUGUGAUGGUGAGUGUAAAAUCUAGACGGGUUCCCGGUGCUCUGACUGACGAGGAGCUUUUUCCCACAAGUGAUGAGCGGGUUGCUGGUCAAGAUGAAUAUGAUGGUGUGUUGACUGCUGAAGAAAAGUGUCAGUUGGAUUCGGCUCUAAAAAUGGAAAAUCAAGAUGGGAAUUUUGACGAUGUGGACCGUGAACACGAAGUUCAUGAAAAUGGUAAUGUCGGUUCAUCUGCAAGCAAAGAUAAAAAAGGUUGGUUUGGUUGGAACAAAAAGGGUUCAAAAGCAGAUGGUUAUGAUCCUGAAGAUUCAAAGAUUCUUAAAAAGUUUUCGAAAUUGAACGAAGGUCAAAAGUUGAAAUCUGAAUUGCAGGGGGAGGAAAAUGAAGAGGGUAAAAAGGGGAAAGAUAAGAGUGGAAAGAAGAAAAAGAAGAAAGGAUCUGCAGCUGAGGCUAAGCAUGAGAGCGAGUAUAAAAAAGGUUUACGGCCUGUUUUGUGGUUGACACCUGAUUUUCCUCUGAAAACGGAAGAGCUUUUGCCUUUACUUGAUAUCUUGGCAAAUAAGGUGAAGGCUAUAAGGAGAUUAAGAGAGCUUUUAACCACCAAGCUACCUCAUGGGAUGUUCCCAGUCAAGAUUGCGAUUCCAAUCGUCCCAACAAUCAGAGUCCUAGUAACAUUCACAAAAUUUGAGGAGCUACAAUCUCAAUCAGAGGAAUUUUCAACACCUCUCUCCAGCCCGGAUCAUUUUCAAGAAUCCAAGUCCAAAGAACCAGAAGGAUCGGGUUCAUGGAUGUCAUGGAUGAAAGGAAGCCGCAGUCAAUCAAGUGACAAUGAAGUUUGCAUAGUCAAAGAUGAAACAGAUCCAUUCUAUAUUCCAUCUGAUUACACAUGGGUUGAUGCCAAUGAGAAGAAACGGCGAAUGAAAGCCAAGAAAGCCAAGAUCAAGAAACAAAAGAAGCAAUCAGCUGCCAAAAAUCUUGAGAACUGUGGAGGGUAAUCAAGCAAAGAUUUGGAAUUAAGGCAGUUGAUUUUGGAAGAAUACGUGUCAUGUUCUUCGUCAGGUUUGAUUGAGGACACAGCCACACAGGUUAGGGGUUUAAGUUGUUGAUAUUGAGCAAGAAGAUCUAUAAUCUUAUUGUUUUGUCCACUACUGUAGAUUGUAAUAUUAUUUUAAUAAGGUUCAGAUGUGAUGGUAAAAAUUUAUUUCAUUAUUUGGCUAUGGGGGUUUGUAGAAUCUGCUAACCAUUAUUGGUGAACUCUCAUGUAGGUUCAACAGGGGUAUCAAUAUUUACUUUAUACUAUCUUUACUGUAUAUCUUUGUGUAAACCUUAAACAUGAGUCUCAUACCUGAUUGUGUUGUUAUGCCUUGUAAUAUAAACAAGCAUGAUCACAUUUUUGAAAUUC